GGGGCGGGGCCAACCCCAGAGCCGGCGAGAGGACGCUGGAGGGCGCGCUAGAGCGGCGCGGCCCGGCCUGGUGUGGGCGAGGCGGCCAUGGAGGACGAGCAGAGCUUCUCAGAUAUUUGUGGCGGCCGCCUGGCUCUGCAGCGCCGCUGCUACUCCCCUUCCUGCCUGGAGUUCUGCCUCAGCUGCCCUCGGAUCACCUUGCGCUCGCUCACCGCUGUCACCUGCACCGUGUGGCUAGCGGCCUACGGACUCUUCACCCUCUGCGAGAACAGCAUGAUCCUCUCUGCUGCCAUCUUCAUCACUCUCUUAGGCCUGCUUGGUUACCUCCAUUUUGUGAAGAUUGAUCACGAGACUCUGUUAAUCAUUGAUUCCCUUGGCAUCCAGAUGACCUCAUCCUACGCCUCAGGCAAAGAAAGCACCACCUUCAUUGAGAUGGGCGAGGUGAAGGAUGUUGUCAUUAAUGAGGCUAUUUACAUGCAGAAGGUGAUUUACUACCUCUGCAUUUUAUUGAAGGAUCCAGUGGAACCACAUGGGAUAUCCCAAGUAGUACCUCUCUUCCAGAGUGCCAAGCCCCGGCUGGACUGCUUGAUUGAAGUGUACAGAAGCUGCCAGGACAUCCUGGCACACCAAAAAGCCACAUCAACGAGCCCAUGCGUCCCAGCAUUUAGGAGGCCAGUAUUGUUUUCCAGAGGAGAUGACUCCUAAGCCACAGUGGCUGGUUUAUUUUCUGUAUUUUAAACCAUCAAGUGGGCACAGUCCUAGGAACCAGUAUGGAUGCGGUGGAUCUCAGAGCCAUAGAGCAGGUGCCUGGAAGCCUAACUUACUGUGUGAUGUUGAGCAAAGUAUUUAUGUGUAUUUUAGUGUUCCCCUUGUAAGGUUUUGUUUACCACCUGAGGGGAGACCUCGAAACAGUAUGUCAGGAAUAAUGUUGACGAAGAGCACUUUGUGAAAUUCCUAAGCAUGUUGAAGUUUACUUUUUGUUGAAAUUUGUAGAGCAAGACAUUGGGAAACUGACAUCAGAUCUCUUGAGAAAGAUAAUUUUCAACUGCACAGUACCCCUGUAUAAAAGUUAAGAAAAAAAGCAAGCCCUUCAGGGGCUGGUCAGUAGGAAGAAGUGUCCUACAAAGACUCGUCUCUGUCCACCUAGCUCCUGUGUUCUGUACAGGGUUAAUUUAUGAUGAUUCUCUUAAUAAACAGAUCUCCUUCCAAAACAUACACAA